AUGGAAUACGUUAGACUUGGCAACACCGGCCUUAAAAUAUCCAAGGUGAUCCUUGGUUGCAUGAGUUUUGGUUCUAGCUCAUGGCAAGGCUCGCCUUGGGUUUUGGACGAGGAAGAUGGUUUGAAGCUCCUCAAGGCUGCCUAUGACAAUGGCAUCAACACUUGGGACACCGCCGAUACAUACUCCAACGGAGAGUCAGAGGUCAUUAUUGGCAAAGCGUUGAAGAAGUUCAACAUCCCCCGCCAGAAGGUUGUAAUUCUCUCCAAGAUCUUCAAUCCGGUCAUGGACGACGGUACAAGACCCGCGAGCAUCAACGAUGGCCCGCUUGUCAAUCAGAUGGGCCUCAGCAGGAAGCACAUUUUCCAUGCUGUUGAUAAGUGCCUCGAGAGACUUGGAACGGACUAUAUCGAUGUGCUUCAAAUUCAUCGGCUAGACCGCGAAACUCCACCCGAAGAAAUUAUGCGCGCUCUUCAUGAUGUUGUCCAGUCUGGAAAGGUCCGCUACAUCGGUGCCUCCUCUAUGUACACAUGGGAGUUCGCCCGUCUACAGUACAUCGCUCGAUCACAUGGUUGGACAGAAUUCAUCUCCAUGCAGCCUUUCUACAACCUCCUUUAUCGAGAAGAAGAGCGGGAAAUGCUUCCCUUCUGCAAAGCUUCAGGUGUGGGUGUCAUCCCAUGGAGCCCAAUCGCCCGAGGCCUUCUAGCGAAGCCUCUUUCCAGCAAGGACAGUGGGAAUCAGUCAGUGCGCAGCCAGAGUGAUAAGAAGACCGAUAUAUGGUUUGCCGAUGCCAACUUGGAGAUCGUGAAUCGUGUGGAGAAGGUGGCAGCUGAUAAGGGUGUCAGUAUGGCACUUGUAUCCACGGCGUGGGUUCUUCAAAAAGGCUGUUAUCCUAUUUUGGGAUUGAACUCCGAAAAACGAAUUAAGGAGUCAGUCGAGUCGCUCAACAUCAAAUUUACACCGGAGGAGUUGGAAUAUCUGGAGAGUGAAUACCGUCCACGGAAUAUUCAAGGCAUGUAG